UGUCUCUCUUUUUCUGUCUCUCUGCACCAAGAACCUGACUUUUAUACAGUAACAGUCUUUACUUCGCAAGUGACAAACUAAACAAAAUCCCAAGUUUUUCUUUUCAUUGGCUUUAUUCACAAUAACCUCCCUCUCAAAGAUCCUAUCUGGAUUUUGGUGGCGAGAAGUUUGUGGGAGACAAGCAGAGUUGGGUACUAAAUUCCAGCGACAGACCUCGAGGUGGCCAGAAAUUAUUAUUUCUUCUUUAUUAUACUCUAUGGAAACACAAGUUCGGGCUGCAAAUCCUGUUGUUGCUUCAGGAUCAGAAUCCUUCUCUAUAUCAAGUAAGAUGCCGAGCGGUAACCAGCGUUUCCUCCUUUACUUUAUCAUUGGUACCUAUUUUGGGCCCGAUCUGAAAGAGGAGAGGCCACAAAAAUCGAUUUUGCAAAGAAUAGCUGAGGGCCUCCCAGCAUAUACCUCAGAUCAAUUAGCAGGUUCACACAUGAAAACAGUGGAAGUGGAGCGUGUCUACUAUUAUGCACUUCAGAAGGCAGACAAAUCUCUUAUUGUUAAACUACAUCAGUUGCACAAUUUCUUUCAGGGCACUAUUACCACCUCUAAAAAUGAGUCUGGUGCUGUUUACCCUCAAUUUCCUGAUAUAUUUCCUCCCCUGCUGCAUCCCCAAUACCGGUUAAAUAGGUGCAAAAUUGUUGAAAACAUAGUAUUCAUCAAUGACCCAGAUACCUCUUACAUUAAGCCAGAAGACAUUGAAAGGUUUAAGAGGAUAACCGGGCUCGAGAUUCUUCUAUUCGAUAGAGAUGCAACAAGAUACAAGACAUCGCUGGAUGGCAGCUCUUUGUAUAAUGUGGCAGUGCACAAAGGUGAACCGGUUGGAGGAUUGACUCCUCUCAAGUCUUCUGAUUGUUCUCAGAAGGGAAAAUGUUCUGCUAGCACCAUGCAACCUGAGGAUCAGCAUGUCCAUUUUGUGGAGCCUCUUAGCAUUGUGCCAUGUACUACAUUGCCUCCGGAGCAUAGUCAUACAUCUCCUCCGCCAACCAGAGAUGACACCAGAACUAUGGGGAAGGUCAGUCCCGGAAUAUUAUUUCUUCCUCCCUUCCCAAGUAAAGAAGAUUUGGAAAAAAUUGUGGCUGCUGGAAAAGGUGGAUUUGCAUUGACUGGGAGUGCUGCUAUGGGACAGGUGGGACCCAUUAUUGGACUCAUGGAUAUUGGUGAAUGCGAUGAUGCAUAUAUGUUUCGCAUAUCUCUUCCUGGGGUGAAAAGAGAUGAGAAGGAAUUCAGCUGUGGAGUUGAUGCUGGUGGUAGGGUUCUGAUAAAUGGUGAGACGACAACCGGCGAGAGGACUGUAUGCAGGUUCUCACAAGUCUUUGAAAUGCAAUCAAAGAACCUUUGUCCACCAGGAAAGUUUUCUAUUGCAUUUCAGCUGCCAGGUCCUGUUGAUCCUGAGCAGUUUUCUGGUAACUUUGGUUCAGAUGGGAUUCUGGAAGGGAUUGUGAUGAAAAGAUAGAUGAUGGUGGAUAAGUGUUAACCUUACAAGCAUGGACCCCUGCUAUUUGCUGGUUUGGAAAAAAAAAAAAAAAAAACAUAGUUUGGUUUAUAUUUUACAAGUUAUGGAAUGAACUUGAACAAAAUACA